UAAGACAAUAACGUGAUCCUUUUCUCAUACGCAUAUCUCAUAGAUACCAAAUGUAUCAAAUCAGUAUCCAAAUUACUGAAAAAUGAUGAACCUAUAUUUCAGUCCUCUUCAAGGUACCAGACAACAGGCAUGAUGAAGAUAACUACUGCUGCUGUAUUAUAUGUGAUUGCAGGUGUUGUGUCAGGUGCCCCCAGUGCCAGUCCAGUGUUGUCUGCAGUGUCUGACACAGCCAGGUUCAGCUGGGAGAUUCCACAGGGAGGUCUGGGGUCAGAUGUCAGCUUCUACACUGUCAGUCCUGCUGGAGUCCCUGUGUUUGUAGUGACAGCUGCUGGGGCAUCUGUUGUGUUUGGCAACUACUCAGGUAGACUGGUGUACCAGGGGAACAUAGCAGCCAGGAAUGUCACCUUCACCCUCAGCAACAUCCAGACAUCUGAUGCAGGGACAUACACGUGUGGGGAUGGAGUACCUGGUACUGUGAUACAGAACUGUGGACAGAAACUUGUUGUCCUGGGCAAGCCCACCACUCCUGGCCGUCCAGUGUCCACAACUCCUGUCUACAACCAGCAAGUGACCUUGACCUGCAGCUCCACCUCUACCACUGUCCCAGUUGACCAUGGUCUGACCUUGACCUACACCUGGCGGCGUGACAGCACUGACAUCACAGUUACCUCCCCUGGUUCCCCCUACACCUUCACAGUGAGUUCCCGGGACAGUCACAACUACAGAUGUAGAGCGAGAGAGAGUCAGGGUCCGGAGUCAGAGUGGAGCCAGGGGUACAACAUGGAGCCUCAGUACGGGCCCUACCAGAUCUCCCUGACCCCCUCCACCUCCUCCUACACUGUGACAGAGCACAAUGCUCUUCCAUCAAUCACGUGCUCCGCCCUCUGUAGACCAGGUUGUACCUACAGGUGGUUACACAAUGGAACAGUCUUCAGCAGUGGAGCCACUCUGAGUCUAGGACAAGCUGACAGAUCUAAGACAGGCUCCUACAGAUGUCAGCCUUCUAAUACACACGGGAGUAGUGACAGUGUCACAGUCAGUGUUGAUGUUCAGUAUGCCGCCACUGUAAGAAUGUUUACUGUCAACUCUCUUGGUGGUUCAGUGACAGUUAACGAGUCAAAUCCAGUGACCUUGAAAUGCCAGGUUGAUAGUAACCCAAGGUCAGUCAUCAGGUUACUGAAUGGAACUGAGGAGUUGACAAGGGCAGAUAACACCCUGACAGCAGAAUAUAGACUGGCGUCAGCAGACUGUAGACAAAGAGGGAACUACUCCUGUACUGCCACUAACAACAUCGGGACACCUGUCAGCCAGAGGGUGGUGUUGCUGGUCAAAUGUUCCCCUCGACUAGAUGAGACAGUUCCCCAGCAACUCAAAUACGCCACUAGACUUGGUGGUAACGUGAACGUGUCUGUGUCGAUCCUGGCCUACCCCCUUCCUACAUUCACCUGGAGUAGAACCACCAGCAUCAGACAGGACCUCACUGGUUCCUCCAGCCCUGUCUCAGACAUCUCAGUCACUGCCAGACUACACCUUACUAACCUCCAACAGCAGGACUUCGGGGACUACAGUCUGACAGUCAACAACGGUGAAAGCAGUUCAUUGACAUAUACAGUCAGCAUAGUGUCUGAAGGGCCACCAGAGAUACCUACACAGUUGAGAGACCUGGAUAAUGCAACAACGUCGUCGGUAUGGUUAUCUUGGCUGCCUGGGUUCAAUGGUGGACACCCUCAGAGGUUUCUGCUUGAGCAUCUCAAGUUUGCUACAAGAACAUGGACUGUGUACAAGACCUAUGCAGACACCGGCAAGAUGAUGGUGGUGGAAGUGACUGGGCUUACACCGGGAGAUAUUCACAUAUUUCGACUACAUUCGAGAAAUGACUAUGUGGAUUCUAGCAGAUAUGUAUUUUUAGAAACAAGGACUGCUGGAGGUAUGUGUCACUCAAGUGGAAUCACAAAUGGUUUAAUCUGAUUAUCAGUUAAAUGUAAUUAACAACUCAUCACCAUAAA